AUGAAGGCGGCGCGGCUGCUGCUCCUGCUGACCGGCUGCGCGCUGCUGCUGCUGCUCCUGCUGGCGGCGCCGGUGCGCGGCUGCGGGCCGGGCCGGGUGGUGGGCAGUCGCCGCCGCCCGCCCAGGAAGCUCAUCCCGCUGGCUUACAAGCAGUUCAGCCCCAACGUGCCCGAGAAGACGCUGGGCGCCAGCGGCAGGUACGAGGGCAAGAUCGCCCGCAACUCGGAGCGCUUCAAGGAGCUGACGCCCAACUACAACCCGGACAUCAUCUUCAAGGACGAGGAGAACACCGGCGCCGACCGCCUCAUGACCCAGCGCUGCAAGGACCGUCUCAACUCCCUGGCCAUCUCGGUAAUGAACCAGUGGCCAGGUUUAAAGCUACGUGUGACCGAGGGCUGGGAUGAAGAUGGCCACCACUCUGAGGAGUCACUGCAUUACGAGGGCCGUGCCGUGGACAUCACCACAUCAGACCGUGAUCGCAACAAGUACGGCAUGCUGGCUCGCUUGGCUGUGGAGGCCGGCUUCGACUGGGUCUACUAUGAGUCCAAAGCCCACAUCCACUGCUCUGUCAAAUCUGAGCAUUCAGCAGCAGCAAAAACAGGAGGGUGUUUCCCAGCCUGGGCACUGGCAACUCUAGAGAAUGGGACCAAGAUUCCACUCUGGGCACUGAAGUCUGGGCAGCGGAUCCAAGCUAUGGAUGAGGAAGGCCAUCUUAUAUACAGUGAAUUCCUGACAUUUCUGGACAAGGCACCCUUGAUGCAUACUGCUUUCCACAUCAUCGAGACAAAAGAUCCACCCCGUCGCCUGGCUCUCACAGCAGCACAUCUCCUUUUUGUGGGGGACAAUGCCACAACACCCAUGAGAGCUGUUUUUGCCAGCCAAGUGCACCCAGGCCAAUAUGUGCUGGCGGCAGAAGUGACUGAGCUGCGGCCAGCCAGAGUAACAGCUGUCUCAGAACACGUGGACAUUGGGGCAUACGCUCCCCUCACCAGCCAUGGAACGGUGGUGGUGGAUGAUGUUGUGGCCUCCUGCUUUGCAUUGGUGCAGGAGCAGCACCUGGCACAACUUGCCUUCUGGCCCCUUCGACUAUAUCACAACCUGUCAGGUGGCCACCGGACCCAACCGGAAGGUGUACACUGGUACUCUGCACUGCUCUAUCGUCUGGGCCAGGUGCUCCUGGCUUCAGACAGUUUCCACCCACUGGCCACAGCACAGUUUGACAGCUGAGCUGAUGCGACAGAAGGAAAAGACAGGGUCACCUUCCAUAACUCUAGGAGGGGGUGUAUGGUAGCCAGAAUCCUGCUUGAGGGGAAGGUGGGGCACAGGAUCCAUCCACUGGUUCCCCACAACCUUCUCCAAGAACAAAGGCCAAAGGGAGGCGUUGGCUCCACUGUUGUUUCCAAAGAGCCUUUCUUGGCUACAGAGGGUGGGCGCCCAAGGCCGGGCUCAUAUGCUGCUAUUUUGGUUCAAGAGCCUCCAAGACAAAGUUGGGGGGCUAACCAGGUGAAUGCGGGUAGCAAGUGGAAGUCCUGAAACUUGGGAUGAAUGAAUGAAGGACAGGAAAUUCUGCACCCCACCAGGCAGACUGAGAAAGUUGGGGGGGGGGGGUGUAUAUGUGAUCUGAUGCAGCAGGGCAGCUGCAAAGAGACACCUGGGAGGGACCUUGAAUGCUAUGAAGCUGGGGAAGGAGCGGUCUUAGACAAAUCCACAAAAUCACUUCCCCUCACGAUCUAGGCCUCUCUAGGCAUUGCCUUGUGCUCAAUAGCAUUAUGACAUCUACAGUAACCAUAUGGACAACAGUAUUGGGGUGAUCUUGGAAACUCCUUCACUGCAGAAUGAUGGGGGGAUCACUUUCAGCUGCCAAUCAACUGGGCUAAAGGGCAAUAACAAACAGGGAGGAGAAGGACACUAAUCACAAUGAGAGAACAGACAACAAAGAGAGGCUAUGUCAUGAAAGCACCCACCUUCUCUGGAUUUAUUGGACUCGGCCUAAAGUAACAAACACAUUUACUGACAAAUUACAGCAAUCCUUCCACCCAUCACCCUGCCCUGGAAGGCUACAGAAGGGGCUAUAAGGGGUAUGUGUAAAUUUCACCCUGCUUUAAGCAACCACCAAAAGGUGGUUGAUAUCAACUUGAAAAGUUGCCUCAGGAUACAAAUCAGGAAGUGAGAAAUCCUUGUUUAUGGUGGGGCAAGUGAAAGGCAGGGCAGGGGGAGGACCCUGUUACCUUUUUAAAAAUAUCCCUUCUUAAUGGUACUGGAGGAGCUGCCUUUCCCUUGAGCUCUAAUCCUCCUUUAGAACAUCUUGUUGAGCUGGACAAUUCUGCUUGAGUAACACAUGGCAGUGAAACCCAGAUGCUUCUGGGGGGAAAGGCAAGAGGUGACACACCUCCAAGGGAUAUGCCUGCAUUGCUGUUGCUGUCCUGGAGACUAUCCUCAAUAACCUGGUUUCAUAGACAAAACAUUGUCCAAUACCAUUAAUCAGGCUAUGGGCUUUUCAGGAGAGAACCAGGAGGAAGGAAGGGCAGGUUCUCAGGCAAGUUCAAGGUAUGACACCCUAAGCAAAGUAUACCCAUCGCCUUCUGUCCCAACCGUGCUGUGAGAAAUGAUGGCUGUUACCUCCUGCAUUGCUAACGGCUGGAAGUCAGCUGAGCCUAUAUCUAUGCUCUCCUGGUGCUUUUUGUGCUGCCAUGUGUGAUGACCAGCCACUUUUAGUAUGUUCCCAGUUACACAACUAUGUUGUAUGCUCAUUCUCUAGAAUAGGGGUCCCCAACAUGGUGCCUGCCACCAAAUGUUUAGGAAGUGGGUGGGGCCAGGUAAGGCUUUUGGCCAGCAAGGCUUCUGAUCAACUAUUGGAGAUUUGAUUGGAUGUGCAGAUUUUUAAAACGAUUGCUUUGCAGCAGCUGCCACCAUAGUACAAGGAUUUGCACCAUGUUACUGAAAUUGAGCUGUGGCGAUCAUUAUGGAACUGGUUGCUCUUCCUGUGACAGCCAUUUUGUUUGGUGGCCAUUUUGUUGCUGAAGCCACCAUGCCAUGUCAGAAUUCCAAAUGUGCCUGCUCAAAGAGGUUGGGGACCCCAGCCCUUGAACACAGUUUAGGGAGGGCUGCUUGUUCAGUCACCCUUGGUAUUUGGUCGACCAUAAAUAAAGACUUCACUUCACUCACCAUUGGUGCAUAUCAGCUGUACCAGGCAGUAAAAUCUUAUCCAUCUCUUGCCAGCUAGCCAUGUGCCAAAUAUGGUCAACUAUUUUUGUGGCGAGGCUGGCUAAUUUAAAAAACCUUGUGGGCUAGUUACUUUGGAAGGCUUUGUGGCAAGAUUUCCUGUAUGCAAGUAAUAUCAACAUUAGGAACAGUCACAGGUAAAGCAGCUCCAGAUACUCUAGUUUUGAGGAUCUCCUCCGUAUGCCUGAAUGUUAGGGCAAUUUGUGCCAGUUAAAACCAAGAACCAUUCCUGUUCUCUUCAUCUCCUGCCCAUCUGAUCCCAUUCACCCAUCAGGUGAACCCAAUACGGGUAUCCAGAAUCAAUGCUAUCCUUUGAAGGCCACCCCACUUUAUGAACCUUCCACCAUCCCAGUACUUGGCUAUAGGGUGGAAUUUGGGAAGUGUCCUCUCCUCUCUCACAUAACAUUAUUUAUUUAUCUGCAGUAAGCAGAGAAGUCAGAAACAUGGGCUUCCUUUAAAUGAGACCAAAUGGGUAAAGGGACAAUAUUUUUUUUAGCAGUAAAGUUAUUUAAGGUUUUUUUUCCCACCAAAUGCAUGGUUGUUGCGGGACCAUUGUGAGUUUGAGAAGAACUGGCAAAGCUUUUUGUCACUUCACUGGAUGUACAUUUCCCAAAGAGGUGAGAAGCCCAAUAAAUCUCUUUUGACCUUC